AAAUAAAUGUAUAAAAGGAAAGGAAGAGCUACCCUACACGGCGGCUCCAGCGAGAGCUACAAUCCCCUCCCUCGGCUUCCCCUUUCCUCCGCAGACAUCAAUCAAUAGGAUGUCGAAUCCAAACACUACUAAUUCUUCCUCGGAAACUGUUUCUCGGAUCCUUUCGGAACACGAAUUACCUUUUUAAUUUCUUUUGGGGUUUUGACUUCGAGAGACAACAAACAAUUAUACAAACCUUAAGAAAACAUUACACCGCAUGGAAAUCGAGGUUUCGAGUUCGAUACCGCCGUCAACUGUGGAUUUAGAGGAGAGAAACAAGGAUCAGGUGCGCGUGAGGAGAAAAACCUUGAAGGUAGUGCUGGAGCAGUGCCAGAGAGCUCUUGAAUUGCUAAAUAACGCUGACGGAGUUGACGAUGACGGGUAUUCCAGCGGAGAGGAAUCCAAGGAAGUGGAGUCGUCGCCGAGCCGAGACAGCUCAUCAACUUCCCUUGGCGAUCAAGAAGCCGACGAGUUAUGCGACCUCCUCAAAUCGAGAGUUGAAUGCCCUGACUUCAUUGAGAAGCUUGAGUGUGCUCAACUCUCUGUUUCACAAAACAUUACUGAAGAAGGUAGUUCUUGGGACAUGAUCAGUGAGAAUGAUCUCUGGGAAGCUGAAAUUGAUGAAUCAGAUCAGGAAGAUUAUGUCCUUGUCCGGGAAGAAGAUAUAGUAGAGGGUAUCGCGUGCUUCAUGGCUGCCUAUUUGUUGUCUCUUAAACAGACAAAGGAUUUGGCCCCUACGCAACUCCAGGAAGCCCUUAGCAAGACUUUCUCAGUAAAAAAGAAAAAAGGAAAGCUUCGGAAGGCCUGGGAUGGAAGCAAAGUCAUUUAUAAUGUAGCAUCUUGGGGAGCAACUGCCAUUGGGUUAUAUCAAAACCCUGUACUCUUCGGGGCUGCCUCAAAAGCCUUCUGGACUUCCUGUCAUGUUAUAUCCAAGCUUCUCUGAUGUCCUGGUACAUGUUGGGAUCCACUGUUGUAUUCAUGCGUGUGCUGCCAUUGCAGCUUGGAGUUUCACCUGUGAGUCAUUCUUUUCAUGCUACAGACGAAUUGAUUUCCCUGACAUGAUUUAAUCUGUAAAUAUUCUUCCUUGUCAAGUAUUUCCGAGUGCCAAUUCAAAUUCAUUGGUAAGAUGAGAUCUCGUUAGUUGUCCCCUGGACUCCCCUUCCAAACUGCACAAUUGGCUUUAAUGAACAGAAAUGUAUCUACGAUGUUUCAGUUGGAAAUAAUGAAUUUUCAUUUUCCAAA